CCCAUGCCUGUCCCCGCCGCCGCCUCUGUCUACCUGGGCCGCAGCCCAGUGCCCUGCCUGGCCAGCCUCCUGGCUCCCCGCUGCGGCUGGGAGCUGGCCCCGCCCCCUGGCCCCCCUCCAUCCAGGCCUUUGAUCCGCCUGUGGGCUCAGAGGUCGGUGCCCAGCGCAGGGCCCCGGGGGCCGCAGACGGACCCACAGCCCCUGGGCGCCCAGGGACGGAGGCUGCGGAGGCCAUGGGGGUGGGCCGCCCCACCAGCAGGAUCCCCCGCCGAGCGGCCGCCCCCCACUAGGCCAGGUGGAGGGUGGUCCCCCCACCCAAUGAGCCUGGCCAGGUCCCUGCGCCGCCUGAGCGGCGCCCUGGAGUCAGAGGACGGCCAGACAGGCGACGAGGAGGAGGCCAGGCCGGGGCUGUGCCGCAAUGGGUGGGCGCCCGCGCCUGCGCCUUCACUGUCGGGUCGGCGCCGCGGGCGCUUCGUCAAGAAGGACGGGCACUGCAACGUGCGCUUCGUGAACCUGGGCGGCCAGGGCGCCCGCUACCUGAGCGACCUGUUCACCACGUGCGUGGACGUGCGCUGGCGCUGGAUGUGCCUGCUCUUCUCCUGCUCCUUCCUCGCCUCCUGGCUGCUCUUCGGCCUGGCCUUCUGGCUCAUCGCCUCGCUGCACGGCGACAUGGCUGCGUCACCGCCACCCGCGCCCUGCUUCUCACAAGUGGCCAGCUUUCUGGCCGCCUUCCUCUUCGCGCUGGAGACGCAGACGUCCAUCGGCUACGGCGUGCGCAGCGUCACCGAGGAGUGCCCGGCCGCCGUGGCCGCCGUCGUGCUGCAGUGCAUCGCCGGCUGCAUGCUCGACGCCUUCGUCGUGGGCGCCGUCAUGGCCAAGAUGGCCAAGCCCAAGAAGCGCAACGAGACGCUCGUCUUCAGCGAGAACGCCGUGGUGGCGCUGCGCGACGGCCGCCUCUGCCUCAUGUGGCGCGUGGGCAACCUGCGCCGCAGCCACCUCGUCGAGGCCCACGUGCGCGCGCAGCUGCUGCAGCCCCGCGUGACCCCAGAGGGUGAGUACAUCCCGCUGGACCACCAGGAUGUGGACGUGGGCUUUGAUGGUGGCACUGAUCGCAUCUUUCUUGUGUCUCCCAUCACCAUCGUGCAUGAGAUUGACUCUGCCAGUCCCCUGUAUGAGCUAGGACGUGCUGAGUUGGCCCGGGCCAACUUCGAGCUUGUGGUCAUUCUUGAGGGCAUGGUUGAGGCCACGGCCAUGACCACACAAUGUCGCUCGUCCUACCUCCCUGGUGAGCUGCUCUGGGGCCAUCGUUUUGAGCCAGUCCUCUUCCAGCGUGGCUCCCAGUACGAGGUUGACUAUCGCCACUUCCAUCGCACUUAUGAGGUUCCAGGGACGCCUGUCUGCAGCGCCAAGGAACUGGAUGAACGGGCAGAGCGAGCUUCUCACAGCCCGAAGUCUACCUUCCCUGGCUCUCUGGCUGCAUUUUGUUAUGAGAAUGAACUUGCUCUGAGCUGCUGCCAGGAGGAAGAUGAGGAAGAGGAGGCCGAGAAUGGGGACGGGACACAGGCAGAAGACAGGGCUGCCAGCCCCCGAGUUCUCACACCAACCCUAGCAGUGACCCUGCCCCCAUGAUGCAAGCUGGUGUUCCCACAUUUGUGCCCCCUUCCCAGAAGCAGCGAGAUGGAGAGAUCGUGCCCUCUCCUGGGAUGGGGGCAGAUGUUUCCCCAAGGCCGACAAGCCUGCUGAGUAAAUUAUCUGGGCAGACCCUGCCAUGCCUUGUGGACAUACCAGAGCUUCAGCCCUCUGUGUUCCAUGCUCCCUCCUGAGAUUUCUUUAUGAACCUAAUUCCUGAGUCUCAACAGAGCUGAGGAAUCUAGAAUUUUGGACCACCCCAGAGGCAAGGACUAGUGGUUCUAGAUUUCUCUGUAUGGCUGGUCCCGGGUUGGUGAACAGGGUCGGGAAUCAGUGGUAUUGACCACCUCUGGGGGAGGAAGUUGACAGUUCUCAAACACCAAGAGGGAUCAAGAGAUUGUAGGUCUGAACUGAUCUGAGAUUCAAGAGGCUGUUGUUUCUAUACUAAACCAAAUCAUGUGUUCUAGAGCACCUAAAGAGGAAAGGCUAUGGAAUGCCCCAAGUGUUCAAGACUAUCUUGAGUGAUAAAAGACAAGGACCAAAGGUCUGGACUGCAAGUCAAGAAAAAGACCUGUGGCUCCAGAAAUCCCAAGAGUUGAGAUUCUGUGAGUCUAGAUUAACCACAGAGGCAAGCACUGGUGAUUUUCAACUAGGUUUGACCUAGAGAGUCAACUACUCUAGAAGUUAAAUAGUUGUUUCUAGAGUGCUCAAAAUAAUGGAGAGUCUGUGAGUCCAGAAGGCUUAAAGUUAUAGAUUGGGAGUUUCAAUAUUAGAUGUCUUCAAACCACUGACUGCAGAACAUCCAAAUGAAGGGAUAAUCAUUGCUUCUGAAUGAUCCACUGUAUGUGUGUAUGUGUGUGUGUGUAUGUGUGUGUGUGUGUGUGUUUAAGUGUCAUUCUCAAAUGCCCAAAGAAAUCAGAAUUCUGUGGGUCUAGAAUUAUCAGUCAAGGAAGAAAUGGUGAUUCUAGAUGUCUGAGAUUUGCUGGUUCCAGUUUGCCCAAGUAUUCAGAAUCUCAGUGAUUCUGGACUGUUAACUGACAGAACAGACUUCUUUGUGGUUCUGUAAUGCCAAAAGGAAUCAAGACUACAGGGAUCCAGAGUGAUCUAUUACCAAAGGCCUACAAAGGCCACCUGUUCUAGCAGGUGGACCCAGGAAUUGCUAAGCAGCAUUUUGGGGCUAUCCAAGAAGAUGCAAGCCCUGGUGGAACCCUUUAGGUAAGAGGGCUGGUUGGUGAGCAAGGGGAGGGGGAGACCCAAGGCUGGUGAGUCUAGAAUGCUCUGGAAACCUACACCUAGUGAUGUAUAUCUUUAUUUCUUAAAGAUGUUAUACCUAUAGGUAUUAUAUAUAUAUGAUAUCUAUUUUGUUCCCCUGGUUUCUACAAUAAGGUUAGAAAUUGAGCACAGUCCUUUACAAGGAUCUGGGAAGCUUUACUCUAAAUCCCAACUUGGCACCAACUUACUGUGUGACCUUGGGCAAAUCACUCUCCUCUGCCUCGGAUUCCCCAUCUGUAAAAUGGGGCAUUGAAACCUGAAGUUCUCCAAGGGCCCUUCCGGUAGGAUGGCCUCUCACCUGACUGAAGGUGAGGGGUGGGGUGAGGGUCUCCCUAGCCUUGGAAUGCUGACCUGGGAGGAUACUCUUGAAGGCUGGCUCUGAACUCUGGUGUCUGAGUCACAGGGCAGAGGGCAGGCAAGGGGUGCUGUGGGCUGUGACCAAGGGCAAAAAUCACCUCUUCCCUGGCUCCAGCUUGAACGGUGGGGAGAAGCUGGGGAAGGAGGAGGUAGCUCUGACUGCUGGGACUUUUCCCAGUGUGGUGGAGAUGUGUGUUUUAGGGGAGAUCUGUCCCCCAGAUUAAAGAACUGGGAGCCCUGG